UAGCAAAAAAGUUUCAUGUCCUUUAUUUCUUCUUUCUCUUCAGAGUAUGAUGCUUUAGCCAAAGUUAUCCAGCAGCACCCAGACCGACACGAGACAUUAAAACAGUUGGAGGCGCUUGACAAAGAACUCCAGCAACUGUCUCACAUCAAGGAGAAUGUGGAUGAUAAGUUGGAGUUAAGGAAGAAGCAGUUCCACGUGCUACUGAGUACCAUACAGGAACUACAGCAGACUCUCGAGAAUGAUGAAAAAUCAGACAAUGACGACAACAGCCAGGAGAGCCCAGCAGAGAAUGGUGAAUGAACGUUUAGAGGUCCUGAGUAGAAUGAAUGCAGCGG